AUGCAAGCGAACAUACAAACUCACCAACAAAAUGUCACAUUCCCGGAGUUGGAAGCAAGAAUGGAAGAAAAUUCUCCUUCUUCAUUCUUCGAUGGGACUAGCGUAAAAGAAUUUGAUUUCAUUGAAAUGCCAAUCACUUGUUGCAAAUCCACUAACUGUGCACUCUUCUUCUUGAGAGUACUCAUUUACUUCAAAUACACCAUUCAUAAUGCGAAUACUGAGAGUAUACAAUUAUCAUCACAAAAGCAACCAUAUUAUUCUCAUUUCAUUGAACAGGAUAAUAGAGAUAUCGAUUCAUCAAUGGAUAAUAGUCAUUUAGACAAGACAAAUUUACCUUAUGUAUUGAAUACAGACAGUUCAAAAUCAUGUGUAUGCUGGAAGUGGCCAAGUUGUGCUAGCAAUUGUACACUUGAUCCAUUAUUGAAAUCAGCUGUACAAUCAGAUUAUGGAUAUUUAUCCCGUGUACCCCUACCAUUCACUAUACUAUUCCCCUAUCAAGCAAGAAAAUCACGUAACAAUUAUGAUACAUCUACACUAGGCAGACAAGGUGGUUACUUUCAGAAUACUCGAUUCUGGCUUAUUACGCCCAAUCAACAGUAUAUAUUAUUGAAGUUACAAAGAUCUCGGAUAUUUAGUCAUUCAGGUAAUUACUCUACACUAUAUUAUCAAAAGAAAACCGGUGGACAAAUGUAUGAAUUUGAAUCUGAUAAAUUGAAGAAUUGUUUUUACACUGGUACAGUGAAUCAAACAGAUGAACGAGUCAAUUCAGAUAUGCCAAUUUCUUCAUCUUAUGUUGCUGUAGAUACAUGUUUUGGCUUACAUGGUAUUAUUCAUUAUGCGAAUCAAACAUAUGGUAUACGACCGUUGCAUUGUUCACAGUGUGAUUCUACUGCAGUCCCACACGUGCUUUAUCCACAUCGACCAACCUCAAUAAGUAGAGACGUUGAAUUACCAGUUUUCUGGCGACCUACUGAUAUCUUUAGUAUGAUGAAUCGAAGACCUUUAUUGAAAAGCGAUACUCCUAAAAUCUUUAUCAUAAAUCUCGCCUUGACUCUUGACCAUCAUUUAUUUACAAAUUUAGGUCAUAACCUUGAACGUGGCAUUCACUAUUUGAGCAGUGUGCUAAAUCAAGUCACCAAGUCAUUUCAUAAUCUACCAGUUGAAUUACACCUAAUUCAGUCAGAAAUAUGGACAAUACGUGAUUUGAUCCCAAUAGAUGGAAGUAUUAAAACGACAUUGAAUAAUUUUGCGCAUAUGAUGAUACACCGUCGACGUAAACACUCAAAUUCUUCAUUAUUGACAAAGGUGAUAGAUUAUAAAAGUCUCUUGAAUUCUUCUGGUAGAAAUGAUUCAUUUAGACAUCAUCGUAUUCAUCGACGAUCAGUUGCUUCAAGUGAUUUCCGUAAACCAUCAUCGUCAUCAUCGACAACUACAAUACCUUCAAGUAAUCCAUCGUUAUUUACAAAACGUUUUGAUAUCCAAUUAUUACUUACUAGUAAACAGUUCACUGAUUCAGUUGAGUAUUUGGCUAUACCAGAUAGUAUAUGUACACCAAGAGCUUUAGGAGUGAUUCAAGUAAACAGUACUGAAAUGGAUUAUCAUGUUUCCAGAUUGAUAUCUUUGGCUAUUGCAGAAAUACUCGGUGUUAAAUCAUUCCCAUGUCCACCAUUGUACAGUUGCAACUCUUCUGAUCUCUUUUCCGAUGGUGAUAAUUCUCGUCUUCAACUUGCUCUAUCCUCUGGUAUGGCUGAUUGUUUACUGGACAAUAGUGGAUCAAAGGAUCUUAAAUCUUUUAUUGAUGCCUGUGGUAAUGGUCAUAUUGAUCGUGGUGAAGAAUGUGAUCCUGGUGUUCGUUUAACUACUACUGUCACUUCUGUCAAUCUUACUAAUCCAAUGUCAUGUUGUAAUCUUGAUACAUGUCUAGCUUCUGUAUGGGCAGUGUGUACACAUGGUCCAUGUUGUCAUCAAUGUCGUUUAAAACCUAAAGGAAGUGUUUGUCGUCCAGCUUUUGAUCAAUGUGAUCUACCAGAAUUUUGUACUGGUACACAACCAUCCUGUCCACUUGAUUUAUACUUGGAAAAUGGUUCCCCAUGUCUUACUCAUACGAUCCAAUCAUUGUUAGACAGUACUUCAUCAUCAUCAUCGUCACUAGCAACAGCGCCUGUGAAUGGACAGCAGAACAAUUCAUCACCAUCUAAUCAUAGAUCUUUAUGCUAUCAAGGCAGAUGUCCAACACGUCAUAGCCAGUGUCAAAUGAUUUGGGGACAAACAGCUACAGAAGCAGAUGAUUACUGCUUUCAUUUACAUAAUACUAAAACAGAUGGAGCUUGCGGUGUAAAGGGGAAGAAUUGUGCUUCUGAACAUGCAAAAUGUGGCCUUUUACAAUGUCAAGGCGGUAAACCUAGACCAACAUCUUUAGAAGCUCAAUCUGGUCAACCAUUUGUCACAUAUACAGAACAUCAUGGACGUCAGUUUGAAUGCAAAUAUUUAUCGCAUUCAUCUAAAGUUCGAUUUGUCCCUGAGGGUGCAUCAUGUGCUCCUGAUCGUUAUUGUUUUCAUCAAGAAUGUGUACUACCACAUGUUGCAUUUCGUUCUCGUUGUCCAACUGGUCCUGUCCAUCGACAUUUAGACGAUGGACGUAUUCUUUAUCAAAAUAUUACAUGUUCUGAUCAUGGAUUGUGUACAAGUGAUGGAUUUUGUUUGUGUCAUCCUCAAUGGACUGGUCAUGCAUGUGAGCUUGAAGCCAACGUCAAUCUGUCUACAAUUAACGCUUUAAAUGAAGAUAAACCGAUUUCAAACACAAACUCAACAUUGAAAAUCCAGUCAGUUACUACUAAUAGUAUUUAUAAUAAUAAUAAUCCAUUGAAUCCUGAAGUUAUUCAAUGGAUUUGGAACUAUUUGGAGCAAAUGCAACAACCAUAUGCAAAUCAUCGAGAUUAUCAAAUGAAAAAGCACAGUGCUGAUAAUCGGAGUCAUAAAACACCAUUGAACACAUUGUAUUUAGUGUGUAUUCUUGGUGUUGUUGUUGGCGGGAUAUUUCUAUUUCUAGCUAUAUUCAUAUUUAUCUACAGACGUCGAGGUCGUUCAAAUUUUUGGGGAAAAUCUUAUUAUACUACUCAUAAAAACUUUUGUACAUUUCGUCGUAAUAGACGAAGAAAUCCUGAUCUAUUAUCCCCACGUGUUGUUAAACACAAUGGAUCAUCACGGUCAUUUAAUUCUGCUGUUACUACUACUACUACUACCAAUAACAAUAAUAAUAAUAAUAAUAAUAAUAGUUCCAAUUUAGGUGAAUGUCAAGAAUUACAAAAUUCAUUAUAUGAUAAAUCUACUGGUGGUGGUGGUGGUGGUGGUGGUGGAAGUUGUAGUAGUCGUGAUAAAGGAUAUGAACGUCAUCGUCAUCGUCUACAUCAUAAUCGUCUAAAUGGUAGUAAUCAUAAUGAAUGUUCACAUCAUCGAAAUGGUCGAAAUAUUAGUAAUAGUAGCGGUAGUAAUCGUUACCGAGAUGAAGAAUAUCAUAUUUCAGAUUAUGCUAACAAUGAAAAUACUAGUGGAAAACAUCGACGUAAACAAUACCAUCGUACUGGUCAUAUGAAAAAAGAUGAAUUAUCUAAUAAGAAGAAAAUUGAUCGUAAGCAUAAAUCUAGUCGAACUAGUGCACCUGGAAGCGAUACUAGACUAUUGGAACCAUCUAUUGAAGGUCAAUAUGGAAGUAAUUUCUCAGAUACUGAAUUAACAUGUAACAAUGAUAAGAAUAUAGAUGAGUUGAAUAAUAGUACGGAUAGAAUUAUCAAAUUUGGCAGUAUGCCCUCGUAUAAAGAGGAUAAAAUCCGACAAUUGAAACAAACAAUAACUGAUACAUCUUCACAGAUAAUUGAUUAUCGAUCAUCAAAAAAUGGACUGUCUAUAUCAUCUAACAGUCAAAAUAUCACCUCUCCACUGGAUUCUACUGCCUUGAUAGUUACUUUACCUAUCGAAUCAAACUUUAAUAAUAAUAAUAAUAAUACUGUUAAGAGUGUUAUUUCUGGUUCUAAGUUUGAUAUACCGAUAUGUACAAAUAUGACCAAUUGUAAAUUAGAUCUUUUAGACUCAUGUAAACAUUCUAAUUUGUAUUAUGCAUCGAUGAAUUCUACAUCGACGACAACGACGACGACGACGACGACACCGCUAAAUAAUUAUCCUGUUACAUUAUCAUCAAUUGUACCGCCUUUAUUUCCAUUUUCAUCAAUCACUUACUCUGAAUCAUCAAUAAAUUUGAUGUCACCUAUAAAAUUAUUUACAUCAAAUGAAUUAUCAUGUAUACAACAAACUCCUUCAACUUCAAAACAAACUUCAUUAUUAUGUAAUAGUACUACAACUGCAUUGAUUGGUGCUGGAAGAGCUGGAGCUAAUGCAGCAGCUGCUCUAGCGGCGGCGGCGACGGCGGCGACGGCAACAUCAGCAGCAUCAGUAACGUUACUACCUGAUGGUGUAGAUUUACCUAAGAAGGAAAUAUCAACGAAUAAUUAUUCUGUAACAACUUCAAUAGAUACUUCUAAGGAUGUUAUAAAUGAUACACAAUUUAGUAUAAUUAUGGAGAAUUCUUGGCGACAACCAGAGAAAGGUAUUUUAAAGAAUAAAAAUGAAGGAGGUGGUUUCACUAUAACGAAUUCAUCUGUCACCGGUCAUUUAACUAAUGAUAGUAGACAUCGAAGACGAUCAUCAUCAUCAAAUCACACUCGAAAACAUCAUCAUCGUCAUCAUCAUCAUCAUCAUCAUCAUAAAUCAUCAUCUAACCGACAGAGUUCAAAACUUCAACAACAAUCUAAUUCUCGUCAGCAUACAAAUGAUAAUGAUAAUAGUUUACAACGAAUUGAUUCUUCCCUUUCUGAUUGUUCUUGUUAUUUAUAUGAAAAUGAGAAAAAAGGUAGAAAACAUCAAACUCAUGAUGAUACUAUCAUUCUACGACAUCAUAAUCAACGUAAUAAUAAUAAUAAUGUUAAUAGUCGAUCGAAUAGCUUGAAUGAUACAAGUUUACAUUCAGAAUUUUGUUGUUCAAUAGAAGGUGAUAGAAGUCCAAGUGGUAGUUCAUCUGCAUCAAGUCAUUGUUUAGGAUUUUCUUCAAAUCAUUCCUCCUCAUCAACAUCAACAUCGUCAAUUUCAUCGUCAUCAUCAUCAUUCACUGAUUUAAAUAAUAUUGGUCAUCAUCAUCAUCAUCAUCAUCAUCAUGAUAAAGAUUAUGAUAAUCAUAGUUUAAGUUCUUCAUCGACUUCAUCAACUACAAGCACUUGUUCCACUGCUUUAGAGGUGAAUAUAAUGAAAGGUGUAAGUCAACAUCAACAUCAUCAUGGUACUUUAAAAGAAUCCAACUAUACAACAGAUCGUGAUCGUACAAAACGAUUAGAUGAUAUAAAUGACAAAUUAAAUCGAUCCAGUCAACAACAACAACAACAUCAAUCAAAAAGCUAUGAUUAUCGUACAGAAAUUUCUCAGACAAUUAAACAUGGAAACAAUAAUCUGGAUACAGAUGUUAUUACUAACGAACGAGAGCAUCAACAACGAUGCUCUCGUCGACACAGUUGUAAACAUCAUCGUCGACAUUGUCGAUAUCGUAAACAUCAUACACAUAAACAUCAUAAUGAAUCUGACCAAGAAAUACCAGGUACAGUUAAUUUAACUGGUGGUGAAUCAUUAGGAUCUUCAUCAAGUACAAAUAAUAAUUGUACUUCUGGUCUUUCUGAAGCCUCUUCAUCUUCUUCUGGAUUAACUGUUUCUCAUCAUUGUCGACGUUCUAGGACAAGAAGUAUUACAGAUGAAGAUGGUACAACUUCUGGUUCACGUAGAAGUAGUCCACUUCCACCAGUUCCAACAAUUUUAUGCAAUGCAGGCCAACAAACUGAUGAAUUCAGUUUGUUGAAAGCAGUUGGUCUUACUAUAUCCUCUAAAACAAAUGCUAAUUCUGAAACAGUUGAUAGUGAUGAUAAUAAUAAUAAUAAUACAGCUGAAAAUGAUGCAAACCGUAAAUCUUAUUUAGAUUCUGAAGGUGGUGAAUGGGAAGAAGUUGAAUGUAAUGAAUCCGGUUGUGAAGAAUGUCAGAAUACUACUGUUUCUAUUAAUGAUAGGAAGUACCAAUCCAAUCAUUUGAUAGCGCAAGCGCCUAUCAUUUCAUCGUAUCCUCAAUCAUCUUCAAAUCGUUCAGGUCAAUUUCAAACUGUUGUCAAAUCAUCUCAUCAUUUUAAUCCAUUGUCAUCGUCUAUACCACAACAACAAUCAUUUAAUCCAUUGAAUUCAUCUUUGCCAACAUUUCAUCAACAGUCGAAUUCAAAUAAUUCAUCGUUAAAUUCAUCGAAAACAUCACGAUCUGGUAGUGGCUAUAAUAGUGGUUUACCGUCGAAUAUAGGCAAUUCGUCAACAUCCCAUUUAUUAAAUACUCAUACUCUUACUACUGAUAACAAUUCAAGUAGUAUGUUUCGUAAUUCAGUAAAUAAUGCAACGAAUCCUAUAACUACUAAUAAUAAUCGUACAACAUCAUCUUCAUCUUGUUCAUCUUCAACAAAUAAUAACCUAAAUAUUACCCAACAACAAUCUGUAGCAAUGAAACCACCUUUUGGUAUGGUCAAUAACUCACUGAAAUUUAGUUCAGAUGAAUUUACUGGUCAACACAGUGAACCCGAAGUUGAUGCCCACUUAAUGAACAAUAUAUCAUCGUUGAAUACAAAUGAACAACAGAGUUUAGGGAAUAAACUAUCAAUUAAUCCUAAUAUGAAUAACAGUCAUGUUAAUCCAAUUUAUCAACCAAUGAAUACCGCCUAUUCAUCAUCUUCAUGUAUACAACAUUCGUACGGUCAAUCAUUGGAUUCACAACCUGUACAACAUCAACCAAAGCUACCGAUACGUAGUGAUAAACCUAAUUCCCUACAAUUAUUCACCUCAUCACAAAUUAACAAUCCAGGUGUGAACAUGACAAAUAAUCGACUUGUUUACGAUGGAACUCAUCAAAUAGAAUAUACUACUGCUACUACUACUACUACUAAUAAUAAUAUGAAUAAUGUACACGAUAAUUUUGAAUCCUAUUACCAACAUCCUUAUGAAGAGGUGGCUACAGAUGAUUACGCCGAAACUAACAGUCAAAUGAAUUCUCUUCAACAUCAACAAUAUCCUUUCCAAUAUCAUCAUCAUCAGUCACACUUAUCACCCACUGAACCAACAUUGACACCAUCACAACAGCAUAUAUAUCAUCAACAUGGUGGUGGUGGUGUAAUAAUGUUGCCAACAUCAAUUAACUCAUUGAGAAGCACAAAUGAUACAGAUGGAUUUGGAUAUAUCACAAGAGGAAUAGAUAAUCCUGGAGGAGAUGAUGAUGAAAACCUUAGUUUAGAUGAAGGCAAUAAUAAUAAUAGUACUAGUGGUAAUAGUAAUCCUCAAUGUGGUAAUAUCUUUAAUCCGUAUCCUACAAUGGCGUUUAUGAAUACUCCAUCAAAUUAUAUCCAGUCUAAUACCAAUGCUGUUACUAAUAAUAUACCAUCAAAUUUUAAUCCAUCUUUUCCAAUUUGGAGUGGAAAUGAUGCUUCAGUUAAUCGAUUUCAAAUGAAUCCCGAUAAUUUAUCAUCAAUUCUUCAUACUACUAACGCUAGUAAUAGUAGUAGUAGACAAAUGGUUGAUGGUGUUGGUAUCAUAGGUUCUGGUGGAAGUACACAUCCUCCUUUACUAGCUGAUCUAGACGAUAUAGGAAGUGAUUUUAGUUUAUCAGCUUUUCGAUGUGAUCAAAUAAUCAAUAAUAAUGGUGAUCUAAUAACAACCACCAACACCACCGCAACAACAACAACAACACCAACACGAUCAUCAUUAUUACAUAAUCAUUUAUUGAAACCAUCUAAUCAUCAUAGCUCAAGUGAUAUUGGUAUAGAUGUUCAUAGUAAUGAUGGAACAUGUGAUGAAUCGGAUGCUAGUUCAUUACCUGAACAAGGUUAUGAUUUAAUACAUUUAGCACAAUUGGUUAUAUCAACUAGACCGAAUCCAUUAUUGAAUGAUUUGGCUAGGCAACAGGCAAGUUCAAAAAAGGCAACAAAUUAGUGAAACUACUCUCCCUCCCCCCCCCCCGCUAAUGUAUUUGUAUUUUUUUUGUAUCUCUAUUCUAUAUUGACAAUCAUUCUAUUUCCAUAAUAAUAUUAAACCGUGAUAUUUCAAAGUGGCCUUUAUUCUUUGAAGAAGAUGGAUCUCGUUUGAAAUUUCGCUAUUGUUCUCAACUAGUCAUCUAAGCCCCUUAUUCAAUAAUUCAUACAUACACACACACACACACACACGUAUCACCACCACCACCACCAUUAAUCACUGAUGUUACUGUUGCCAAUACCUACAGCUCUAUAUUAAUCGAUAUUGAAAUUCUGUACAGUUUUUUUUAUUGGUUAUAAUGCAUAGAAAUAUAAAAUGGAUGGGGAACCAUUUCUGUUGUUGUUGUUGUUCAUUUCCCUUCUCGUUUUCUUUCUGCAUUUGUAUACCAUCAUCAUCAUCAUCACAAUCCUACUAUUGUUCAUCAUACAUUGACUAUUGAAUAGUAAUUAUAUAAAGUCAUAAUAAUUACUUUUACUAACUAAUAUAUAAACAUUUAUUACAUAACUAAAGAUAGAAAGGAAACAAUAGUAAUCGAAAACAAAAAAACCUGUCUCAAUUCAAUAUAUAAAGUUAUCUAAUUAGUAAUACUGUGGGACAGACGUACGGCAAUUGAACAAUUGAACACUUGAAACAUUGAACACUUUGUGUUUUAAAACAAAAACACUCCACAAUUUUAUUCAUUAUUUAUUUGUAUUCUUAUUAUUACACAUUUUAGGAGGAUUCAAUGUAGGUGUAUAUAUACUUAUACUUAUAUUCAAGAAACAAUGUAGGAAAAAUGUUAUGACCUUGAAAAGGGAAACAAAUAAAACAAUUUUUUUCUUUGAAAUAUCUUAAUGUUUAUGAAAAUUAUUAGGAAUUAUGUGUUUUUACUCAAUCAAUUGUCUUGAUUUUUUUCCCUCUUUUUUCCAAUAUACACUGAUCCUUUUUGUUACUUUCAAGCCUCUGUAUGUAUGUGGUUCGAUGUGGUGAAAGCCAAAUCCCUUUUGACUCUUUAUCUAUACUAUUCAUCUUUCAAUCUUCUGUACUUUACGCGCAAUUUUUUUUUUUCAAAAAAAAAUUAUCUAUUAUGUAAUAUUUAUUAAAUAGGUAUAAAAAUAAAUGAUCAAUGCAUACUGUUCAAUAAUAAAAUAAAAAUAAUGAUUCGA